GGGGCUCUGUGUGGGGGGACAAGCUAGAGCGUACACGCAGACGAGGAGAAUUCCCUGGCCGUCUCGGGUUCUUUCGGGCGUUAGGCACAGAGCGCGUCUGGCCUGCUCACGGGUGAUGGAUGUAGUUUUGCGUCGGCAAAACAGGCUGGUGUCAGUCACUCUUACUUAGUUGUAUCGAUAGCAACUUAAACAAAAGACAGACACCAAAACCCACCAGAUAGCUUUUUUAAUCUUAAUUUAUAUCAGCGCAAGGAAAGAAAGAAUUUCUCCUACAAUCUUUGCUUAAGCGGAGACAGCAUUCGAGGGUGAGACCAGCUGCACAUCCGCUGUGGCAUGGUUGUGCCUGUAGAAAAAGGGGUUUGUUCCUUGUCGAGGGCACGUAGGUCAGCUCCGCGUGUUUCCUGAUCCUGCUGUUCCUCAGCGCCCCAGCUGCUGCCGGGUUGCUGCAGGGUGGGGCACGUAAGAGCAGGUGCCUCUGCGACGACACGCUGACAAAGGCAGGGUCAGCAGCCACGGUCCCUCCCCGCUUUCUUUGGCAGGAGCUCAUUUCUUCUGGCGGCUAUUGGGAAUAUCGUGUAAUUGUUUUGUGGAAAACCUCUUAACAAGUUCAGCACAUAACAAAGUUACUUCUCAUUAAUAAAAUAACGAAAAUUUGCAGAUUGUUGGUGCUGCAAAUAGUGUCGCUUUAAUGUAGUUGCUUCUAUUCAAAAGGAGGGAGGUUUGAUUUGUAUUAAGUCUAAAUGCCAUUUAACAACUAACACAAGCUACAAGUCUACUGAAAAGAAAAUCCAUUUUUCACAUGCACAACGUUUGUGUGAGUUUGUGUGAAAACUUGCAAUAUAUUGAUAACAUCAAGAAUAUAUUCAAAUGCUGGGAAUGACGGGACACAAUUGAAAAACAUAAUUGUGCUUAUCUGUUCCUUUUUAUUAUUAUUAUUUUCUUUGCCCAUAUGGGGCAUUUAAAAUGCCAACACAAGUUUUAUUCCAGUGCUAAAGGUUCCAUUAUUUCAGUUAGGACUUACUUCAAAUCUAUGACCAAUAUUUUGUUACAUGAUGAAAUCAAGUAGAUAAUAAUUUCUAGCCUAGGUUUUAUGAAAGGUUGCAAUUUGAUAUAUCAAGCCUAGAGUUAGGUGGAUUAAGCAGCUUCCAAACAACAACAUUCAGGUGGGCAGGACAAUGGAGCCAGACAGACAGCUUUUGGGAAUAUGUGAAAUACCCUCUUCAUCUCCUGACAUAUGUCAGGUGGUGAUAUUAUUUCUGGUGGGAUCGCUGUACUUAUGCUUUAUUAACCUGGAAUAACCCUGGAAGCACCUGGGUGUUUUCACCUCUCUUUAACUGAGGUAAAAAUUGCUCAUCCCUUCUGAUGGGGGCUUAGCACCUUGCUGGACCCCUGCUCGUAGCACACAGUGAGGGGGAGGCAAUUGCUUCCUACCAGUUGCUCCUGCACAAAGCAGAAUACAGUCCAGCCUAAUGUUUGUUAGUCCAUAAUAGUCUGCCUAAGUGCUGUUUAGUGAAAAAUAUUGUGUGGUUUUGUAUGGAUAAAUCAUCUCUGUCACUGCUAAUAUUUGCUAUUGUAAACUGUUACUGCACAGCUCUGGGAGGGUUUGUCCAGUUUGCUGCUGAUUUAUAUGGUGAGUGACAGCUUUGGACAAAAUCCAAACCCUACAUUAAUAUUAAUUUAAACUGAUGUAAGUUAAUGGAGAAGAAACAAUAAUCAGCAGUUAACAACUGUAGUAAGCUGUCCACUCUAGCCAUAGGAUUUUCAUUUCAAAGAUGUGUCAUAGGCACUUGACAUCACAUGUUGUUUAGAGAAAGGGAGUUAAUUCUUUGCUAAGUUAUACUUACAUUAAGGAAAAAAAAUAUGGAAAAGUUAUGAACUUGAAAGUGCCAAGAAAAAAAAUUAGAAAGGCUCUUUAACAGCUGUUUAACAGGGUUUUUUGUGACAGCAAAUGAGAGACUGUCAUUAGAAAAGUUCUGAAAAAAUAUUCUGAAUACUAAUUUUGGUUUGAAAUAAGCAUGUAGCAUCACGCUAUUUUUUAUGAAAGUGUAACUAAAGGAAGUUAAUAACUGUAUAACAUGUUCGCUUGGUGCGUUUACUUACUUCUAUUAAUUCAAUGUACUUUGUAUUGUGUGCCCCAUUUAUUACAUUCUGUGUCAUGUUUGCUGUGACUGCUGGGGAAGGGUUAUGAUAAAGUCAGAGGCAAUGAAGAUGGGUCCUCAUCUAACAGGUGCUCUGCUCCCUUUGUUCUUUGUAUACACAUAUUCAAAUCACAUAAGGCAGGGGACAGGAUAGGACCUGUUAACUCAUUGCUGAUUUCCCUAGCAAAUAAACCAGCAGCUGCAGGUCCAAGCCCUGGCUUAGUGCUGAGAGGGUGGCAUUUGUGUGGGACAGGAUGCUUACAUGGAGCCCUUUAGCAAACUUUUUUUGGGACUUACAGUGCAAAAUAUAUUUUCUGCUUGUAGGGAUUUGUUCUGCCUUAAAAUUGACAGUACCAUCUCAUACCAUCCAUGGUAUUGAAGGGCAACCACUUCAUCUUUCUGUUGACUACAAUUUCAAUGCUACAGCUUCUGAAAUCCAGAUAAUUUGGCUUUUUGAGAGGUCUCAAAGUAAUCCAAAAUACUUGCUUGGCUCUGUAAAUCAAAGAGUAGUUCCAGACUUGGAAUACCAGCACAAGUUUACCCUUAUGCCACCGAAUGCAUCUUUGAGGAUUAACCCAUUGCAUCUCAAUGAUGAGGGCAAUUACAUUGUAAAAGUCAAUGUCCGUGGAAAUGGGACCAUAGCUGCAAGUCAAAAGAUUCAAGUAGCUGUUGAUGUUCCAGUCACAAAGCCAACUGUGCAUACUGAACCAUCUUCAGGAGUAGUGGAGUAUGUAGGGAAUAUUACCCUAAAAUGUAUUGUGGAUAGAGGUACAAGGGUAGCUUAUCAGUGGAUGAAAAAUGGGAAGCAUCUUCAUGCUGGCCCUAAUUAUACCUUUUCAUCAAACAAUGCUACACUUCUAAUUGUUCCUGCAGUAAAAGAAGACAUUGGGAAUUACAGCUGUCUGGUAUCUAACCCUGUCAGUGCAAUGGAAAGUGAGAUAAUUGCACCAACCAUCUAUUAUGGACCUUAUGGACUUAGAGUCAAAUCAGAUAAAGGUCUGAAUAUAGGGGCAGUGUUUACAGUGGACAUGGGGGAAGUUGUACUGUUUGACUGCUCAGCAGAUUCAAAUCCACCAAAUACUUAUUUAUGGAUUCAAAGGGAUGACAAUAUCACUCAAGUAAUCAAAUAUGGACCCCAUCUGGAAGUUGUAUCUGAUAAAGUGGCCCAGAAGACAAUGGAUUACAUGUGCUGUGCUUUCAACAAUGUGACUGGGAAACAAGAUGAAACUCACUUCACAGUUGUUGUUACGUCUGUAGGGUUGGAAAAGCUGGCCCAGAAAGGAAAAUCUUUGUCUUCUCUAGCAGUUAUAACAGGAAUUUCAUUAUUUUUGAUCCUAGCUAUGGCCUUUUUAUUCCUAUGGAAAAGAUAUCAGCCACAUAAAGUGAUACAACAGAAGCUACAGAGCAGGGCAGAGGCUGAUUACAGAAAGGCACAGGCAUUUUCAGGACAUGAAAGUGCUUUGGAUGAUUUUGGGAUAUAUGAGUUCAUCACUUUUCCAGAUCUUACCAGUGGCUCUAGGGUUUCAAGUCAAUCUGUUCCUGACCCUGACUUUGUCACAGGCCAGGAUAUGCUAAGUACGGUUUAUGAAGUUAUUCAGCACAUUCCUGAGCAGCCAGAACAAGACCACCAACAAUGUAUAUGAAGAUAUGGGAAGAGGAAAUCAAAAAUUAUCAAAAUAUCUGAAAAUCCCAAAGUUACUACUUCUUCUUAUAACAUAUUGAAGGAAAUGCCAACAACUUCAAGAGUAGCAAAGGUUUAUGCCACCUUGUCUUGAAAUAGCAAUUUUUCUUCAGACUGAAAAUCCUUUUUCUUGGGGUGCUCAGAAUUGCCCAUUUUUAAAUUAUUUUUCUGUUUUAAGUAAUAAUUCCUUAGGGAAAAUAGGGAUAUUUUUAAUUCUUUUUUUUUUCUUAUCAGUGAAUACAAAAGACAAAGGGAUAGCUUAAAAAAAUGCAGUAUAAAACCUACACCUUUUUUUAAAAACAAUCAGCAGAAGCACAAGAAGAAACCAGGCCCAAGAUGCCAUCCAUGAUUGUUUUAUUUUAAAAAUAGCAAACAGAAGGUUUGUUUGUUUUUGGUUUUUUUUUUUUUUUUGUUGACUUUCACAAGAGAAGACCUCCAUACUGGCAUGAAAAGUAAUAAAUGCAGUAUGUCAGAUUGCAAAAUACAUUUGGGGUUUAAAAUAAAGUCAUUCUUUUAAUUUAUUUAAUGGGACAUAAUUUACAAGCAUAGAAAUGGAUCUGUCAGGCAGUUACAAAAAUGUACAUAUGUAUAUUAUUCAAGAUAAUGUGUUCUCAUGAAAUUCUGUUUCCUUUGCAUUUGAACUGGUUUUCUAUUUGAAGAGCCUGUUUCUCAUUGACGAGGAGAGUAAGUAAUAUUCAAGCUAUUUCCAAAAGCUGCAGGAAUUUCAGGCUAUUUGUACAUUAAAAUAAUUCUCCAGUGCAAAUGAAACCAAUCUUCCUCUGUUUAAACAGUGUGCUACAAGUCCCUUUACAGAUAGAAGAAUACUCUUCCAGAAGCUUCUGUUAGCUGGCUUCUGAAUCCUGCAGGAAAAUCCACUAUUAUUUCCACAGGGUCAGAUAUCAGUUGGUGUCAGUUAGCUACAGUCAGGGAAAAGAGGAAAUAUGAACUGAAUUAAUCUACAGGGUAAAAAAUGUUACUUCAGGAACAGUUAAUUGUGCAGAAAAUCAUUACUGCGAAUAAUGAGAAAGCAGACAGUGUGUCCACCCUUUAAGACAGGCUGUAUGGUAUUAUUAAAAGCACUCUGUAUUAUGAAAAAUAAUUUGCACUUAUUUAAAAUACCUCCUUAAUCCAUAUUUACUAAACAUUCUUCCUGUCUCCAUUUUUCAAAGACAAGGAGAAAAUAGCAUGGUUUUCAGUCAGCAUUCUGAUCUUGUGAGGCUGAAAAAAAAGAGAAUAGAACAACUGCACCAUUGCAUGUGAGGAAAAUAGGAUCUGGCAUUUCACAGAGGCACCAUGUGAAGCCCAAAUAUGCAAAUAGUAGUGACGUGAUCUCAAAAAUAAUGUAGUCACCAGAUUUGCCCCCUAAGAAAUAGUCAUCUGACAUGAAGGCAUCAGGGAGAGGCUCUAAGUAGAAACAUUUGGGCAGAAACUCUAAAAGACUGAGAAGCUUAGAGAGUUCCCCAUAAAUUCCUCCAUUGUUCAGUCAAAACUGACUGCAUGCGUGUUUCAAAUCAGGACAGCUCUUUGGGAUUUGCAAAGUCUGAUUUUCACCCUCUUUUCUCCUCUUCUUGCUGGAGCAAUAAUUUUAACUGCUCUGAAGGGAGUAUGCUGAUUAGUGAAGUGCGUGAGACCAUUCCAUUUUACCCGCUGGAUGCCACUGCAGGCCACAGGGAAAUGCAGAUAAAUUAAGAGAAAGUAGUUUCUCCAGCUCUGGGCCCUCUGUAUUUAAAACUGCCAGUUGUUUACAUUUUUUAAGCUUUUGUGGGGAAAAAAAAAGAAAGAAGUCAGGUCAACAUCAGUUCCAUUCUACAUUCUUUUAAGCUCACUUAAGCCCAUGCCUAAGUGCAUUUUAAAGGUCCCAAAACAUUUUGUUUCAGAAUCUGUGCUCAUGUCUCAAUAACAGAGGGGAAAACUGUUUUGAAUUAAGCCAUUUGUCUAUAAUGUGAGAUGACUUCAGUAGUCCAAUACAAAAGUCCACCUUAACAGUCUUUUGAACUUCUGCAAAGUGCCUGUAAAAAUAACUGUAAAUUUAAUAAAACAAUUUUGUUUAUGCAUCACA